UACCGCCAACAGCAAGAUGAUUUCACGCUCUCCUUUCAAAAGGAGGCCGAUAAACUUCAGAAGGAUCUGAACUUUUUAUUGGAAAGUGAUUGGGAAGAGGCUAAGAAGGGUGCUAUUCGGCUGAAGCGAAGCUUCGAGGCAAGUUUUUUUUUUAUUUUUACUGGAAAAGUAGUAUGGGAGACUCUUAGUAGUCCCGAGAAGGGGCAGUAUAAGAGACUUCCAGUAGUCCCGAGAAGGGGUGAAACUCACACAACUACGAAACAUCGAUUAAACAAUCAGGAUAUCAAUAACUUCUGGAAUAAAAUCGAGUUAGAGUGUAACAAAAAUGAACAGAAACGUCUAGAGUCAGAGAGAACUAUUCGAACACUACAAUGCCACGUCAAUAUAAGAAGUAAGACACAAGAUAUGAUGGAGAACAUGGCCGAGGAAACAAUAGAAGAAGCCAAGAAUACUUGCAAGCGAUUACAUUCCGAGUUCUCAGGAUAUAAACAAAAUGAGGAAGGAUUCUCAACCCCACCAAAUAAAAUCAGAACCCCCAAUAGAAUUUUCUCAAAUGAAAGCCCAUCCAUAAUAAGAGAUCCUAAAAUAAUGUUGGAAAUUUGUGAUGAAAAUGUUGCGUCGGAUCUGAAAGAGAAAGCCCAACGAUCUACCUCACCUUUUCUGUCAAAAAAACGUGCGUGCAACACACAGCAAGAGGAUGAAAAAGGUAUUACAGAUGAGGAUUUGGCGAAUUCAGUGAUCGAUGCCUCCAACACUUUCGGCCAAGUUGAAUUUCCGUUAUAUUAUAGUAAACUUAAAUCUAUCUGGAACAAUAGAGAUGCUACAGACUUUCAUGUUAUCGAUUUAGGGGAUAAAGAUACAUUGUAUAAUGUUCAUAACCUUUUAGAUGAGGAUGAGUUGAAAUCGUUGUUUAAGAGGUUAGCGCUGGAUGAUGAGGAUAUGCACAUAGAUGAAAAGGCACAUAAAUAUAUAGAGCUGUUUGAUCAGAUUAUAGAGGAAGAGAACUUGGAAGAGAUUUUUGAUGACGUAGUUGAGGACGAAAUAGCUGGCAAUGAUCUUGUAGAUGAAAAUAAUGAAGAGGCGAAAAAUGUGGAAGGAGACAACGAAAAGUUUAACAAAUCAAUUGCUAAAAUGAAGGAAACAGUGCAUCAAUUGGAUGGCUUACCCGAAAAAUAUCACUACCUAUCCAACACUUUACCUAUAUCAGCACAAUAUUACGAUCAAUCUAAGAUGCCUGAUAUGUUUAUUGUUAAGAACGUCUCAAAUCAUCUAGAUACCAUCACAAAGAUGAAUGGUGCUAUGAAAAACACCCCUGAACGUACAUGGACAGCUCACGUAUUAGCAUAUUUGUUUUUUUCUACCUUUUGUUUUAUCGACUCAUUACAUUAUUUUUCAUGUGAACGAACUAUAUCUACAAAAACGGAUGUUCAAGAAAAUAGGUUUAAAGCUGAUGGUGUAUUGGAACUUUUUGAGCGACCCACGCAAAUUCCAUUGUUUUUGCUCGAGGUAUCGGAAGGUCCCAAUAAUCCGGACCCAGAUAAAAUUAAAGAGGAUAGAGAGAAGUUGAUGAAGGAGGGUGUCUUUGCCAUCAAUAAGUUUAUGACAGGAACGGGACUGCCAACGUGGGAA